AGCCUUCCUGCCCGCAUAUAUUACACGUUUCCGGCCGUAUACAGUUAUAUGCUCUGUAUCCGAACCGCCUAUACUUAAAGCAGGCUACUAGCAUGCGCCGCUUCUUAAACGGCAAUACUAUAAUACCGCCUCCGCUAAAUAUUACGCUGUCCAACUUUAGCAGCUUCUCCGCCUUCUCCUUUAUUACUACCUUAAUUACUACUAAUAUAUGCUAUCUGCUAGGUUUUAGUUGCCUAAGCUAUUAUAUUAUAUAUACCUUUACUCUAUUCUCUGUACUAAAUUAUUCUAUUACUAACCUGCUUACUUUACCGCUCUCUGCGUUUAUUACUAGUGCUAUUUUAAUCUAGUCUGCCUUUACUAGGUACUACUUAGGCUCUACUAGCCUUACGCCUAGUAAAGCUAGCUUAAGCUAGUCUACUAUUAUCUAUUAGACUGCUGCCUUUUUAUCCUUAUCUACUAAGAACUUAAUUACCUUUAUACCUUUAUUUCC